GCCAUAGUUGUAGCGAAGUGAACGCGUGUACAAUGAGUAACAGUCGCUUCCUCUGACAACGAACAGUUGCCAAUUCCGACAUACUUUGUGUAUCGAUCUCUCCUACAACACAAAUUCUAAUAAGGAAAAGUUUUCCUUUUCUUCAUUUGAUCUCCACCUAUUUUGUGAUGCACUCUUUGCAAAAUUAUGCUCGGAUUUCUCACAAUUGAAGUCCACGGUGCAGAUAUGGACAGUGCCUCAAGACAUGCGCAGCGGUUGGCCAACAACUUUUUGGAAGACUUGGACGACAUGCAACGGGCUUCUAGGGCUCGGGAUCGCCGUGCCAUGAGUCAUUUCGAAACUGGAGUACAGAGCAUCCAUAUCUCCAGUAUGCCCACUGUCGUGUCAACCGUGAGGGAACGUCGCAGUCCAAGCCGUAGUUCGAUGCGAUCGCACAUGUCGUCGCCACCUGCUGGGUACCACCAACAUUUCACUCGUUCCCACUACCCCCAGACCCGAGUGAUUCCGCAACGAGUGCCUUCUAUAAUGAUGGUUGGCAAAUCCCUCUAUCCUGUACCAAGCCGAUCCAACAGCGCAUACUUUCCUUCGCGCGUCCCUUCAUCGUAUGUCUAUACUGUUCCUGGAAGCGCCGAAGCUAAUCGGGCACAAUACUGGUACGACCGAAUUGUCGAAAAUCCUACCGCAGCUUUACCAACCUCAAAUCUGCGCGCACACCCACCACCACGGAGGAACUUCUCUGCCCCGGCAGCUGCGCACUAUCUGCGCCAUGGGCAUAAUUCCUCAUGGCAUCGGACGCCCUCGUUGCUCAGUCUAUACGAUGAUAUUGAAGAGCAAUUUCCUCGGAUCGUUCGGUCUACCGUCAGCCGCCGAAGGCCGAUUGCAUCAAGCCGGCUUGGAUCAGUGCCACCUAGUCCAGUUGGUGGCUACCGACCGUUGUACUAUUCCACAGAUGUUGACACAUCCUCAGUCUACCCACGGACGUACUACAAAACGAAUCGCUACAUAACGGAGACACCGUACUAUCUCUCUUCUUACACUGGACGUACGGUUGCGCCCGUCUUGACAACGCAGUAUUCAACAACCACAACCCCAGUAUACAAACGCUACAGUUAUUACUACCCACCCGUGAUCACUGGUACGUCAUAUCAUUCGCCGUUGAGAACAACGUCCUACACCAAUCUUCUACCGGAACUGCAGCACGAACGUCGUCGAAUUGAGCGUCGCAUGGAUGAUCUGUUGGAUUACAAGUUGCCUCCACCGGAAUACUACAGGGAGAUGCGCGGCUCACUCCGUGGUCUGCAGGACAAACUGGAUACACAUCGACGUAUGUUGGACCGGUACUCCGGCAUCGAUAUGAAUACCGCACCCAGCUCGGUGGAGGAUCGUAUCGAAUCUAAAUAUCAACAGUUGGCUAGCAGGGUUACGGCCCGGGGUUAGUCAAACCAGAAGGCAGUCAAGUUUCAGAGCUACGUGGUCGCAUCAAACGCCUGUUAUGUCGUGCUCGCAAAGAUCCACAUUAUUAUCGCUUUUUGCCCUCCGGAGACUAAACGGCAAGUAAACAAUCCACAUUUCCCACGCAAUCAACACACAAUUCUUGCCUUCGUAAAGAUUGCUAUUUGUUUUAUUUAGCUAUAUUCAAACAUAGUUCUAUCACAAAAUUUGAAGAAAAAACACUUUUUCAACGAUCAAAGCUUAUCUGGAUGUUAGGCUUGUCCAUUGCGCCGUUCUCUUUCCACAGCCCGUAUUCGUUUUAUUUUACUAACGCAAUGCGUUAGUACUUUUUUAUGUUCAAACAUUUGUUUGGUGGAACAGAACCGUUUCGCAACCAAUCGUCAGUGGGAGACCCAAAUCUGCAAGGCCGCUGCUGAGUAGUCUGCGUUCACUUCUCCAUGUCGGUCGCUUUGGUCGCUGCAAACCUGCCGACUGCCUUCCGAAGGAGAGAAGUCAGAUUGAGACAUUUAUAUUACUAUAGCACAAGGCAUCACCCUCUCACGCUCUCACCGAUUUCGCUUAACUCCUCCACAACACGAAGACACACUGAUCCAUAUUUUAUUUAACGCUUUGCCCUCCCACUCACCCAGUUUCGUGUAUUUUUCUUUAGUUAGUGUGAUCCUAGCAUUUGUUUAUUUAUAAAUCGGUAGUUGCAAUGUUAACCAAGAAGAGACUGCUAAGACACAGUGGAACCAAUUUUCUGUGUUCUGAUCCUCGGUGAUCGAUAUGAUCAAAGUUUUUUGUGCAUAGAAACUGCAUGGCAUUGAAGGCAGCGGGAAAUGACAGACGUUUCGGAAGACUUUAAAGUUUAUACAGGCUGUCUCAUUUGUUUGCAGUGUUUCUCAGUAUACUUGCGUUACGCAUUCGUACACAUGAUUGCGGAAUGCCCACAG